AUGCUGUUCAACAGGUUGACCAUUGCCCUGAUCGCUGGCCUGGCCGCUGUUGGCGAGGCCGAGCACCACGCUCGUCGUGUCCACCGCGUCCGCAGCAUCCUCCCCAGCGGCUCUCCCCCUCCACUGCCCACCAUCACUCGCACCAUCCGGCCGACCCCCGUCGUGCCCUCGAGCUCUGCUACUCCUUCGUCCUCGAGCGCGGUGCCCUCGGGCGCUGCCCCUUCGGGUAUUCCCUCCUUCUCGCACCCGCCGCCCCUCGGCACGGGUGUUCCCAGCCAUGGUGCUGGUGAGGACGCUGGUUCCAGCGCUACCGGGGACCUGACCCUGACCUACACUGUGGGCACCGGCACCUCCACCAGCGUUGUCACUACCACCAUUCACCGCACCGCUACUGACGUGCACACCGUGAUUGCUACGGAGGCCCCGGAGGCCAACAACCACAACCAGGCUGGCAGUGAUGAGCAGACCACUACCCUGCACUCGACCACUACUGAGACCAUCACUCUCGUGGAGGUUCCCACUAGCACUGUUGCCGCCGGCAAUGGUGCUGGCUCCUGCAACCAGGUUACCGUGACUGUGACUGAGACCGUGACUGCUAGCGCUGUCACCGCGACCUCUGCCCCCGGUCAGAGCUACCAGCAGGGCAGCGAUGGCCAGGGUGAGGACAACAACGGUGCCACUGAGGGCAGCGGCGCGGGCUCCGAGCCCACCAUCACGGAGACUGUGGUCCCCACCCCUAGCGCGACCCUGAUCUCUGGUCGUCCUCCUUUCGGCAACGGUAGCCUCCCGAUCCCUCACUCGAGCAGCGCCGCUCCCUCGGGCUUCGCCACUAGCUCGCUGCCCAUCUCACCCUCGGGCUCCGCCUCCAUCCUACCUUUCCCUGGUCCCAGCGGACAGCCCAGCGGGCGUCCGAGCGCCCCCAGCAGCGGUCCCUUCCCUCACAACUUUCGCCGCCGCUACAUCAUCUAA